AUGAGCGCGACAAUGACAAUGACUGCCGCGCACCCGCCGCCCCCGCCGCCAACCCUCUCCCUUUCAACAGACCGAUCCGAGCAACACUCCUGCCCCUCCUGCGGCGUCGUCCUCGAAGCCCCGCCGGCCCUCCUCGAAGCCCAGUCCCGCAUCGCCGACCUCGAAGCCCAGGUCCGCCUCCUCAAUCAGAAGGCCGCCGCCGCCGUCGACCGCUGGGCCGAUUACGAAGACGAGCUCACCCGCCUGCGCGUCGCCGCCUCCCAGACCUCCACCGCUUCGCCCGCGGCCCUGGCUCCCGCGUUACCCCUAGCCCCCACCCCCUCGCCGACCCGCACCAGCUUCCUGAGCGGUGGCGCGAACAGGCUGUCGCAGCUCCUCAGCCCGCGGGGCAUGAAGUCCACGCCGAACCUACGGACGCCGUCACCGCCGCCGCCGCCAGACGGCCCCGCGUCGACGGAGGAUUUGCGGGAGGCGCUGGGCAGGGAGCAGAAGAUGAGGAUGGCGGCGGAGAGCAGGCUGAGCACAACGAGCCAGGAGGUGGAGGAGCUCAGCGUCAGCCUGUUUGAGCAGGCCAACGAGAUGGUCGCGACGGAGCGGCGGGCGCGGGCGAAGCUCGAGGAGAGGGUCGAGACGCUAGAGAAGCGGGACAAGGAUAAACUGCGGCGGUUGGACCGGCUCGAGGGGGCCGUGGGGAGGAUCGAGAGGGUCAGGUCGCUGCUGGGGGAGAUGAAUGCCAGAGAUGAGGGUGUUAGGCAGGCGGCGGAGCAGAAGAGGGCUUCGCAACCGUGA